GUGGCCCCCUCUGAAAUAGGUUACAUUGUUCGGGUCGAAAUCGGCACAUUUUCUAGUCCGUUUGAAAUAUUUUCGCUUCACGCCUAUAUGAAUCUCAACCGUCUAUAUAGUCUCAUCAUUUUUCGGAAUUUCGGUCAGUUUAACUCGUUAGCUUUCCGCGUUAAAUUCAUUAUACUUCUUCAAAAAAAAAAAAAAGUUUAUAAAAAACACUAUCAAAAAUGAGUGACGACGAACAAAAAAUGGCUAUUCUCCGCAAAGCCUUCACAAUGUUCGAUCCAUCAAAAAGUGGUUUGAUUGAAACAACAAAAAUCUCAACCAUUUUAAACACAAUGGGGUGUUUGUUCGAUCAUAGCGAAUUAAGCAGACUUACCACUGAGCAGGAUACUGAUAAAUCGGGAAAAGUUGAUUUCGACGGCUUCUGCGCGAUCGCCUCCCAUUUCUUAGAAGAAGAUGACGCCGAAUCCACCCAACAGGAACUUAAGGAAGCUUUCCGGUUGUAUGAUAGGGAAGGAAAUGGUUACAUCACGACAGCCACUCUUAAGGAAAUCUUGGCCGCUUUAGACGAUAACCUCACCAGUAAGGAUUUGGACGGAAUCAUCACUGAAAUUGAUACGGAUGGAUCAGGAACUGUUGAUUUUGAUGAAUUCAUGGAAAUGAUGACUGGGGAUUAAGUUAUUUUUAUGUUUACGAAGAAGAUUCUUAUUGUACAUGUUACUAUAAAUAACUUAAUAAAUAAAUAAGUGUAAAAAAUAAAUUAAUAAAUUGAAAUCAUUCCUA